AUGGGAGAGCGUCCCUACCAAGGCGAUGACUUGAUAGGCGUGUGUGCGGCGCUUGCCGCCGUGCAGAUUCUCAUUGUCGCCGCGCGCUUCUAUACGCGGUAUAUGCAGCAGAUGCGCUGUGGGCUUGAUGACUACCUAAUUUUGGUCGCACUGGUGAGUGCUGCCAAUAUAGCUAAGACGGUCAUUUUCAUCGUUUGUAUGCACAGCUUUUUCUUCAACGGAGAGCAUCAUGCUAAUCUGUCCUGUGAAGUGGUCAAAAUCGCCGGUCUGGGCUACCAUGUCGAUUAUAUCAUCUCUACAGCACCACAAGAUCUCCUCCUUCUAAGAAAGGUACGUACAACUCUCAGAAGACAGGUGCUGUGGGCACUCAUAACUAACCCACUACAAAAGGGAUACUUUGCCAUCGAAAUCCUCGACUUCCCUUUCGCAGUAACGUCCGCCAAAGUCUCUCUCUUGCUCUUCUACGUACGGAUCUUCAGCGUGCGCCGCUUCCAGAUCUUCGCCUAUGUAGUCGGGACUUUGGUCCUAGUGCAUGGAAUUGUCGUUCUCUUUACUAUUAUUUUCCAGUGCAAGCCCGUCCCUUAUGUCUGGGACAAGACCAUUCGCAAUGGAACAUGUUUCGUUCAACAGGUGCUGUACCGCUUCGUGUCGCCGCCGAAUGUCUUAACAGGCAUUUUGAUACUAAUCAUGCCCAUACCCUUUGUGUGGAAGCUGCACGCGCCGAGGGCGCAGAAGAUGGCGCUGACGGCCGUGUUUUUGCUGGGUGGACUGGGCACCGUGGCGAGUAUCCUUCGCAUGGUAAACUACUACAUGUGCACCGUCCUAGCAGAAGGGGACUUAACCUGGUACUCCGUCGAACUCGGUAUCCUCAGCCAAGUCGAGAGUGGCGUUCUCGUCAUCGCCGCAUGUCUAAUCACAAUCUGGCCGCUCAUCACCAGGCUACUACCACGAAAUUUGCUUAAACUGUUUUUCUUCGGCACAGACCGAGAGCGCGAGUGCCAGCGCUGGUAUAUGCACUCUACGCAAACGCGCCGCCCUCAUGAUAAUACUACCAGCACCACCACCACCACCAGCAGCAGCAGCAGCAGCAGCGAGAGCCGGGAUGAGCUUGCUCGUUAUAGUCAGGAUAUGGGGCAGUGGCCGCUCAGUUCGCGUAGUGUGCCGGCGUCGUUGGCGGAUCUUGAGGAUCAGAGGUGGUCUAUUUUUGCGGACGAGAUGAAGGAUGCAGAAAAGUGGAUUAGUGUGAGCAAGGAGUAUACAUAA